AUGCAGUGGCAGGAGUUCGAGCCACAAAUGUGGUGGAGAUUCAUGCAAUGGGCGUGGUGGAAGCUCGCACCACCAGCAGGACGACCGCGACUCACACCAGACCAGACUACACAGCGCACCUUCACGUUGGUGGCGUCACAGUCGAUCCCUAAAUCACAAGGCCCCUCAAGCUCAAGUCAAACCAGAAUGUGCUACUCCUUCAUUGGCUGGGGCUGGCCUAGUUCGAUUGUGACUGGUGGGUGCGAUAAGGUCUUGAGGGUCUGGGAUGGCUGGAUGAAAGGGUCGGGGUUCGAUCGAAAGAGGGGGUUAGGAGUAAAUCUAAAACAACGGCCACAGACAAGGGUUAGUAGGGUUCGUUUGUUUGCGUUCGCCCAAGUUCGGCCCUCCAUGCUAAAAUCCAAGAGGUCUCUCCAAAUCGUUUUCAAGAUACCUUGUUAUUCAGGGUUGCUUUCGUUCCUAAAAUUUAGCUUUAUUGUGUUUGUCCAGAUUUUCAAUUACUGGCUUUGUUGGAUCCAUCAAGGUUUUACCUCGCUUCCACAGAAUGGUGGGCAGUCACUUUCCCCAUUCAACUGGUACUCCAUCUGCCGCAUCUUCUCCUCACGUCUGAUCUGGCAGGUUGUGAGAACUUGA